UGCGCCCGCUGCCGGCCCGUGCGCCCCAGCCGCGCGCCGCACCCCUGCGCCCGGCCGGGUUCCUGCGGACAGCUGCGCGGGCGCCCAUCGCCGAGACAGGGACGCCCGCGAGGAGCUCGGCGCGCUCCCCGUCCCACCCUGAGCGCCAGAGCACAGUCCGGGAGGUCGACGCGUCCCGACUCGCAGCGUCGAUGGACAUCUGAUCCCCUGCUGCCUUUGUUUGAAAACCAAGAAGUUUUGUUGCGCUGAUUUAACUGCCUGCAGUUUUUGCUGAUGCUCUCAUGAAAAAAAAAAUGCUGAUUCUGUCCUUUUUAACCCGUGUGAAACUUUGACUUUUCAUACACUUGUUCAUUCUUUUACCCUCCAUCAAGAUGUCUGAACCUGACUCUUCGUCUGUGUUUUCGGGAAAUGUGGAGAAUGGAACUUUCCUUGAGCUGUUUCCCACAUCCCUGUCCACAUCGGUGGACCCGUCCUCAGGCCACCUGUCAAAUGUCUACAUCUAUGUGUCCAUAUUCCUCAGCCUUUUAGCAUUUCUGCUUCUGCUUUUAAUCAUUGCCCUCCAGAGGCUCAAAAAUAUCAUCUCCUCCAGUUCCUCCUACCCGGAGUAUCCAAGCGACGCUGGAAGUUCUUUCACCAAUUUGGAAGUCUGUAGUAUUUCCUCUCAAAGGUCCACUUUUUCAAACCUUUCUUCAUGAAGAAAAUGGAAGAAUCCUUGCAGGCUGCAGCUGCUUAGGUUUUCCUUUACAGGAAAUGUUGCAUGAAGCCAUUGCCUGAUGAAAGAAAUGACCCUUUUGAUUUUGUCAACUAAUUAGGCCUGUUUCCCCUUCUCCUUCACGCCUGAUUUUUUUUUUCCGUUCAUGAUGCUUUUCAUUUGUGAAUGUAGAAGCUGAUGCUGACAGAAAUGCGUGCAAACCUCGAGGUGCAGAAUUUCACACAAACCACU